AUGGCUUCCGAUCCAAACCCUUCGUCAGAGUCUGCCGCUGCGGCGCCCGCGCUCGACACCACGAUGGAUGGUGGCUCGAAUGGGACCGAUUCUGCGCCCCGCGCGGCGCAACCUACCACAGGUGAGACUGGGUCACCUGCGCCGGCGGAAGGAGGCGCCAAAGGCCAGGAGCGUGGUAAUGAUAAGAAGCAGCAGCAGCAAGGCAAGAAGAACAAGCAGGGCGGUCGUAAUGAAUGGCGGCGCCAGAUGAAUGACAAGCGCAAGCAGCUGGGUGAUGCCAGACAGGCCAAGCGACGCAAACUCGACGAGAAUGGCAACACAAUUGACGCAGACAAUGAAACCGAAGAGGCUGUUGUGGUCGAUCCUCGAAAGGCGAACCCCUUCUCGACCACCGAAAUCGCGGCUGAAGAGCGACGCCCGAAGCGCAAGGUUGCUGUCAUGGUCGGCUACUCAGGGACCGGAUACUACGGCCUGCAGAUCAACUGGGACGAGAAGACGAUCGAGGGGGACUUGUUCAAGGCCUUCAUUGCUGCAGGUGCCAUCUCCAAGGCAAACGCAGAUGAUCCCAAGAAGUCGAGUCUUUCGCGCUGCGCGAGGACUGACAAGGGCGUGCAUGCCGCUGGCAACCUGAUCAGUCUCAAGCUCAUCAUCGAAGACGACGACAUUGUCGAUAAGAUCAACGCGCACCUACCCGACCAGAUCCGAGUCUGGGGCCUCCAGCGAACGAGCAAUUCCUUUAGCGCCUACCAGGCCUGUGACUCUCGAUGGUACGAAUACCUACUGCCGACAUACUGCCUACUUCCCUCCCACCCAGACAGCUUCUUGUGGAAGAAGCUUGUCGAAUCCGCACAAGAGAAGGGAUACUACAAUGACUUCCAGUCCCAAUUGGCCGAUGUGGAUGGCUUCUGGGCCGAGGUCGAGGAGAAGGCGAUCAAGCCUAUCCUGGAACAAUUAGACCCCCAAGUCAGGGCUGAGGUUUUGGAAAGAAUCCACGCGUCAGAUGACCACCCUGAGUCUGCGCUCAAGAAGUCGGCGCCAAAUGAUGCCAUGCAAGUGGACCCUCCUGCUACCGCCGUCGCGGGCGAGGCGACGAGCGGCGAGGAUACAAGCACCACAGCAACCACUGGCAAGACGAAGAAUCUUGGCCCCGUGGAUUUUGCCCUGCGAGACAUGAAAAACGCCUACGUCAAAGCGAAGAGGGCAUACCAAGUGACACCUGAGCGUCUCGACCAGCUGCAAGCGGCUCUCGAUCAAUAUGUUGGCACCUACAACUUCCACAACUACACGAUUCAGAAGAGCUUUAAGGACCCCUCUGCCAAACGCCAUAUCAAGUCUUUCCAGGUCAAUAAGACCCCGAUCCAGAUCCGUGAUACCCAGUGGGUGUCCAUCAAGGUCCACGGACAGAGCUUCAUGAUGCACCAAAUCCGCAAGAUGAUCAGCAUGGCGACCCUCGUCGUUCGCUGCGCCACGCCUUUGACGAGGAUCAAGGAGAGCUACGGCGAAGAUCGAAUCGCGAUCCCCAAGGCGCCCGGUCUUGGCCUACUUUUGGAGAGGCCCGUUUUCGAAGGCUAUAGCCGCAAGGCGGUUGACUCGCUGGGCCGGGAACCUAUUGACUUCACCAAACACGACGAUAAGAUUCAGGCUUUCAAGGACAAGCAGAUCUAUCAGCGUAUCUUCGAGGUCGAGGAGAAAGAAAACAUCUUCCAUACGUUCUUCCAGCAAGUCGACAAUUUCAAGUCCGACUACUUCCUCUGGUUGACCGCUGGCGGCAUUCAAGCAGGCGCGAUCAGGGCGUCCAAGCCUUUCGGCAAGGAUGACAAGGCAUCCAAUGUUGCGCUAGUAGAUGACGAGGACGAGGAUCCCGAGGGCGGCGAAGGCUAA